AUGGCCCCCGCAAAGACAGACACCAAGUGGUCGGUCAACUACGACGUACUCAGACGGGAGAAUCUUUUCAGGCAUCCUCCCAAAGACCGUACCGCGUAUCCCGCAUUGGCCGAUGCUAUCAAGCCUCAUAUUGAUUCAUUCAAUGCGCUUUUCGAUGGCAGCAAAGUAUUGGAGGCCGGUUUGAAAGAUAUCGGAACCAAAACAUUCAUCGAUACAGAUAUUGAAACUCCCGACCAGAAGAGAGCCCGGCAAGCGGAAGGACGGAAAGCGCCCAAACGGAAUAGACUCAAUGUCCGCAUCAGAGAAGUUUUUCUCGAGAAAGCGGCUAUUCCCCCGACGAACAAAUUCACUACGCGCAACCGCAAUAUCUACCCCUCUGAGUGUAGAGAGAGACAUGCGACCUACCGUGGAAAGCUACGCGCGAAGAUCGAGUAUCAGGUCAAUAAUGGGGAUUGGGUGGAGUCUGUACGAGAAUUGGGCCAAGUUCCCAUCAUGCUGCGGAGCAAUCGAUGCUAUCUGGAAAAGGCAACGCCUGAACAACUCGUCCAGCACAAGGAAGAAUCGGAGGAGUUGGGAGGUUAUUUCAUCGUCAACGGAAACGAGAAGUUGAUCCGAAUGUUGGUUGUUGGAAAGAGGAACUUUCCCAUGGCCAUCAUCCGUGGUUCCUUUGUGAAGCGUGGUCACACAUACACCAAAUACGGUGUUCAAAUACGAUCGGUGCGUCCCGACCAGACGUCACAGACGAAUGUUCUUCACUAUCUCAAUGACGGAAAUGUGACUUUCCGUUUCUCCUGGCGGAAGAACGAAUUCCUCAUUCCGAUCAUGAUGAUCCUGAAAGCGUUGGUGGAAACAAACGAUCGUGAAAUCUUCGAAGGAAUUGUUGGUGGUACCUCCUCGGAGGGAAUUAACAACACAUUCGUGACCGAUCGAGUGGAACUGUUGCUGCGGACAUACAAAGGAUACAACUUGAACAGUCGCUCGAGUUGUCGCGCAUACCUAGGAGAGAAGUUCAAGCCUGUCCUCGGGGUCCCACUGGACAUGUCCAACGAGGACGCUGGCACGGAGUUCCUUCGCAAGGUGGUCCUUCCUCAUCUCGGCAACCAGAAUGUCACCGAGACCCAGGAUUACGACAAGUUCAAGAUGAUCAUGCACAUGAUCCGCAAACUGUAUGCCCUAGUUGCUGGUGACUGUGCCCCUGAUAACCCGGACGCCGUCUCUAACCAGGAAAUCCUCCUUGGCGGUUUCCUCUACGGAAUGAUCUUAAAGGAGAGACUGGAGGAAUGGGUGAGAUCGCUCGGACCUAUUCUCAGAGACUGGUCCAACCGCAACCACGGGGCCAAAUUCACCGACCCAGCUUUCGAGAGAGACUUCCUGAGCAAGGUUGUCAAGAGGAGCAACGAGAAUAUCGGUGGUGCGCUGGAGUAUUUCUUGUCCACAGGCAAUCUCGUCAGUCCUACUGGUCUGGAUCUGCAACAGACUUCUGGAUACACGGUCAUGGCGGAGAAGAUUAACUUCUAUCGGUUCAUCAGUCAUUUUCGCAUGAUCCACAGAGGUAGUUUCUUUGCUCAGUUGAAGACUACGACCGUCCGAAAGCUCCUUCCAGAAAGCUGGGGCUUUCUCUGUCCGGUGCAUACUCCUGAUGGAUCACCCUGCGGUCUGCUCAAUCAUCUAGCCCACAAAUGCCUGAUUGCGACUAGUAAUGUGGACGCCUCGCAUAUUCCGCGACUGUUGGUCCAGCUUGGAGUGCGCACAGAGUCGUCCGUCUCAUUGGAGGAGAGUGUCCCUGUCCAGCUGGAUGGCCGAAUCGUCGGAUACUGCUCACCGAAGCAGGCUCGCGUGAUUGCCGAUACGCUGAGAUAUUGGAAAGUAACGGAAACUCACAACAUUCCGUUGGAAUUGGAGAUCGGCUACGUUCCUAACACCAACGGUGGCCAGUACCCCGGUAUCUACAUGUUCUCCCAAUCAGCUCGAAUGUAUAGACCAGUCAAGUAUCUGCCUCUCGAUAAGCUCGACUACGUGGGCCCCUUCGAGCAGCCUUUCAUGGAGAUUGCAUGCUUGCCAUCGGACCUUAUCUCGGGCGUGUCAACCCACAUCGAGUACACACCCACCAAUAUCCUCUCUAUUGUCGCCAACAUGACGCCUUUCUCGGAUUACAACCAGUCUCCUCGUAAUAUGUACCAGUGCCAGAUGAGCAAGCAAACUAUGGGAACGCCGGGAACAGCCAUCGAGUUUCGUACGGACAACAAGCUUUACCGCCUGCAGACGGGACAGACGCCAAUUGUGCGGCCGCCACUCUACAACGCGUAUGGGCUAGAUAAUUUCCCGAACGGCACCAACGCCGUUGUGGCCAUUAUCUCGUACACGGGUUACGACAUGGACGACGCUAUGAUUAUCAACAAGUCCUCCCACGAACGUGGCUUUGGUCAUGGUACGGUCUACAAGACCAAGAUCCAUUCUCUGGACGACAAGGAUUCACGGAGAAGCAAGUCCAAGCGAGAAAUCACCAAGCUAUUUGGCUUCGCGCCGGGAGCCCCGGUUCGGGCUGAAUGGCGUCAGACCAUCGAUGAAGACGGACUCCCUAUCAUUGGCGCCAAAGUCCGCGAGGGCAGCGUCGUUGCGGCAUGGCAUACCGUGCGUUACGAUGCUGCGUCAGACUCAUAUCUGAACGUGGACGACCGGACCCAAUUCGUCAAAUAUAAGGACAGCGAGGAAGGAUUCAUCGACAGUGUCCGUAUCAUGGGUGCGGAAACCGGAGUGGAACCGGGUCAGUCGAUCAGUGUCAAGUACCGGAUUCCCCGAAAGCCAGUUAUUGGUGACAAGUUCUCCUCGCGUCACGGCCAGAAGGGUGUUUGCUCUCAACUCUGGCCCGCAGUCGACAUGCCAUUCUCCGAGAGUGGCAUCCAACCGGACCUGAUAAUUAACCCCCACGCUUUCCCAUCCCGUAUGACCAUCGCCCAGAUGAUCGAAUCGAUGGCCGGCAAAGCCGGUGCCCUUCAUGGCCACCCACAGGAUUCCACGCCCUUCCAGUUUUCCGAGGAACACACCGCUGCCGACUACUUUGGCGAGCAGCUUCGCAAAGCUGGCUACAACUACCAUGGCAACGAGCCCCUGUACAGCGGCAUCACGGGCAAGGAAUUCGCCGCGGAUAUCUUCAUCGGCCUCGUCCAUUACCAGCGCCUGCGUCACAUGGUUAACGACAAAUUCCAGGUCCGAACCACCGGUCCCGUGAACCAACUCACCGGCCAACCCAUCAAGGGCCGUGCCAAGGGUGGUGGUAUCCGUGUCGGAGAGAUGGAACGUGACUCGCUGAUCGCCCACGGCGCUGCCUUCCUCCUCCAAGACCGUCUCAUGAACUGCUCCGACUCCCAACUCUCCUGGAUCUGUCGCGACUGCGGCUCCUUCCUCUCCACCCAGGUUGCCGUCUCCUCCGUCAGCAAAGCCCGCAACCAAGGCGCCGCUCUUGCCGCCGCCAAGGCCGCCGCCAAUCAGUCCCUGCUGGGUGAGAGCGCCUCCUCGGCCUCCUCAUCUUCCAGCGCCCCUACCCUCGUACGAUGCCGACGAUGCGCCCGUGAAGCCGUCUUCGAUGACUCGCGUGCCACGGUCUGGGAAGAUGGUGAUGGCCGUAGACGCGUCGGCGGUGAUAAUGUCUCUAUCGUCGCUAUCCCAGGGGUUCUCAAAUUCUUGGAUGUGGAAUUGGCCGCCAUGGGUAUUCGGAUGAAGUUCUGGGUGGAUAAUUAA